AUGGCGACACGCCUUCGUUCACAAUCCACCACCCCCAAACCCCCCUCCCCUGACAAGGUUCUUCCGCUCUCCUCGAGUACAACAUCUCAACCGACUUCGAAUUCGUCGUCUUUGGCUUCAUCUACAGUGGUUUUCAAUACCACAAUGUUCGCCUCUGCCCCCGCAGCAGUGCGCGACCCUUUACCCGCCAUCCUUCCUCACGAGUCUUCGCCAGAGGUCGCACAAGCACAGACACAACAGACACAAGCACAAGCACAAGACCCCUCGCACGCCUCACCCGUCGCCGCAUCCGUUGUUCCGAUGUAUUCCUCCGUCCCUCUUCCUCUCGUCGACUACUAUUCUCACCAUUCCGCUCUAUCUAACAACUCUGCUGGAAUUCCUAUAUCAACCGCCCGCAGCAUGUCCAUCCAAUCCCUCGUUUCAACAAAUUCUUCAGCAACUAUAGCGGACGACGAUGCGUCGUCUAUAAUUUCGCAUACCACCACGCGCAACACCGAGGACUCGGCUUCAGUUGAUGGGGAUCUCAGUGUAGAUAUUGACGAUCCAGAUGUUCGUAUGGCCGCAGAGGCGCUUGGUGAUUUACGUGCAGAUUUUGUAUCAAGUCCCAAAAGUGUACCGAACAGUCCACCGCAGAAGAAUGAGAAGAGGGAAGAAAGACGACAGGAAACUAUGAUGGAGAUGAUCCAGGGACAAAAUACAUUUUUAGGAACAGCAGUCAGGGCAGGAAGAAGUGUUUAUAAAGGCGGGAAACGAUAUAGUCCGCGGUUUAAGUACGGCGCCGAAAUAGUUGAGCGCGCCGCCGCACCAAUGACCUCGGUCGUCUCUUAUGCCGCCCGAACAACCGGGGUAGAAUCAGUUCUACGUCGCAACCUCGAAGCCCGUCGUCUAUCAUCCUCUGGCACAUCAUCACAGUCAUCUCCUUCACACUCACAACCAUCAUCAUUGACAGGUUCACACGUCACCAAGCGUCGGAAAACAGCAUUCGAAGAAGGGCAUACCGGUUCAGGUGCAGCGAUGGAAGUCGAUUCUACAAGUUCUUCCAUGGGAGAAAGAGACGGUAGAGACAAUGAGUUGACGCAUAAACCUGCCACCGAUGUUGUAUCGCUGAACUGGCAGAGGAGGUUAAUGCUUUCGACUGCCGGAGUCGGAGUCGCACUUAGCGAAGAAUCACUCAAAAGUUUAAAGUACUGUCUCGCAUGGCUUCGAUGGGCCAAUGAUCAUCUCGACAAAGUUAUCAUGGCCCUUCGUGGGGUAAUAAGCGAGUACGAUUCGGAUAAAUCCCGCGCAAAUGGUACCAGCGGGAAAGAUGGAGGUACCGACGAAGGAGACGAUGAGCGAAGCGCACAGUUACAAAAUAAAAUCGAAACUUUGAGGAAAGAUGUUAUUGGGACUUUAAAGAGAGUGGUGGACGUCGUCAGCACCUACGCUGGUGGAGCUCUACCCGAGAAUGCAAGGGUAGUGGUCAAAGCAUGCAUCACGAAUCUACCUAGGAGAUGGGCAUUGGCUGCCAAAGACGACAACGCUAGCGCAAAUGCUUCAGGGAAUAAUAUGGCAGUGGUAGUCAGAAGGGAAGAAGCAGGGAAGAGAGUACUUGUUCUAGCGAGGGAAGGACUUGAAAUGCUGCACCAGGUUUCGGCAAUUGUACAAUUGACACUCGAAAGAGCAGAAGAAUGGUGCGAAAGACUGGGGAGGAAGCGGCCAGAGGACGGUGACUAUGGUAAGGUCGGGUGGGACGUUGAUAUGGAACUGGACGGCGUAGGAGAGGAAGCCAGGAAAGAUCGAUGA